AAAGAAACCAAAAAAUAGAAAAAGUGCAGCAAAGCUGCGUGACAAAAAAAGGAAGCAAAGGCUUGACAGCCAACCCAAAAAAAAUCUGAAGCAAGACAAGAGAAAAAAAGCAGCCGCACAUGGCUGCGGCCAAAUCAAAGGAAAACAACAAAAAAGGGAAGGUGCAAUCACUCCAGCCGCAAGGAGAUGGGAUUGGCAACCAACUACUUGUUUCAAUCACUCAGCGGCAAGAAUAAAAAAAAAAGAGGUCCGCAAUAGAAAGGCAACCAGCGGGGAGAGAGGCUUAGCAGCCGAAACAGAAGAAAAAGAGCCGCAGUUGCGAGUAGCGGCAAGGAAGCUUUAGCGGCAAGAACCAGAGGAAAUAAAAUUGCAGGAGUCUAAGAAAAGAAGCACAUAGCAGCAACAGUAACAAUUCUGGUUAAUCUUUUGCUAUUAUCAAUUUCAAUCCUAGUUUCAUGCUUAGUUUCGAACUUCAAUAAGCUUUUGGUUUUAAUUACAUUACUGUAUUAUUUCAUAUUCUGCAAUGCUAUUUACUUGGAUACUUGUAUUUGUUGAUGAUGUUUAGCUACUGUUUAAUUUCAUCUACGAAUUACUCUAGCUCUUUUAUUAGUUGUGUUAGUUUCUUGAUAAUUAUGUUAGGCUAAAUAUCCAUGGGGUAUGGAUUUGGAUAUAGUUAAGGCUAAUGGGUGUUCUUGAGUAUUGAAUUGAAUUUGGGAAAAUUCUCUAAUUUUUAGAACUGGUUGUUUGAGAUAAAAUUGAAUGAGUAAUUUGUGAAAUUGAUCACUUCACUUGUGAAUGUUUGGAAAAUUAAGUCUUGCUUGUCUAUGAGUGUAGAUUAAUUUAGCUCAUAUCUCACACACCCUAAACUAAGCCUAGAAAUAGGACAUGUUAGGGGAAUUAAAAUCAAGUUCUUGUCUAUGAGAAUUAAUAUAUCACUAUUCUUAAAUUGGAGAAAGUUUUCCAUAUUUGUUCAUAGUCCAAAGACACCCAAGAUCCUUACUUCCAAAUCUAGACCCCACUUUUAAUUAAUUAUUUUUUCGUUACUAGUCACAUUGAAUUUACCUUUAAGUAUUUUAUUUUUGAAACUUUACUCAUCCACAUAUUUGCUAGUUUAAUAUUUUAAUUAGUUAAUUUUCUCUCUUUAGUUAUUUUGCAUGUUCACUAGUUUUAGUUUACUCAUUAAUGUCAUUUAUUUAAAUUCUCCGCUACUACUUUUGUUGUUUAAUUUUAUUUACUUAAUCAUCAUCACAAUUAAUCGUUUGAGAAAGCUUGCAACGAUUCGUACUAACCUGUGACCGAUAUUGAAACCAACACUUCCCUCCGCCACUCCUCAGAGACACGAUACUCGGAGAAAAACCAAAAGGUUAGACUCCGUUUUACUACAACGCCGCGAAAGCGGGUUAUCAAGACUCCGAAUCUAGAUCCUUUGAUGUGCGGUAGAGGUGCUUUGCUAGAAUGCAGAGACGCAUGAAAAGAAGGGAACCCUCUAGAUAUGAACAUCAACUUCCCCGGUCAUUGAAUUAUUGAUCAGAGGGUUGCUAAAAGUCAGGCACCCCACCCUACUCUAAAAGCAUGACAGAAACUCAUUGCGAGGAAUUUUUCUAGCAUUUCUUUCUCUCAUAUUAGGCUGUCAGCGAAUAAGUGAGCUCAUAUCAUUGCUAAGACAACUUGUUCCAUGUCUGAUUCACAUUUUUGGUCUUUUGAUCCAUCGUUUUUUAUCUCUUGUAUGCUGGAUAAUGAUUUGAUUAAUGAAGUUAAUUCCCUCACUUGCAAAAAAAAAAAACAAAGACAGGAACUUCAGAAUCCAACAGAAUAUAAAUCAUCUUUAUGGGAAGGACAACAUAUUAAGGCUUGAGGUUCCAUCCUAAAAGGUUAUUUCUAUACGUAAACGGUGUGUGACAGCUUAAUACGCCCACAAGAUGGUGGCUCGUUGAAGCAAAUCAAUCUUGUAGUCUAUGUGCUCGUUGUUGAGGCUUGUCAGGAUCUAAUUACUCGCUUGAUCUUAAUUGACUCUGAUUAGAGUAGCCUGAAGCUUGAUUUGUAUUUCUGUAUACAACCUGUUUGAGACAGCUUAAUAGCGAACGGAUAUAUGAGGACACCUCAAGAUAUCGAUCAUUCGAUCUCACAAUUGUAGGUUUAUAAGGGGGUGUUUGGAACUGAUUCUGCUUCUGCUUCUUUUUUAAAAGCAGAAGCAGAAUCAGAAUCAGUUUUCAGAAGCUGGUACCCCCCAGCUUCUAAAAAAACUGAUUCUGAGAGUAAAUUAGAGCUCCAGAAGUGAUUCUGGAAUUUCACCCAAACACUCCAACUUCUGCUUCUGCUCCCUGAAGGAGCAGAAUCAGUUCUGAGAAUCAGAUCCAAACACCCCCUAAAUUUUCUAUGGGAGGGUUGACAAAUGUCAAGCACCCUAGCUCCUGAUCCAUGAGGACAUUGCACAGUAAUAGUAAAGCCCUCAUGCCCAUACCCCAAUCCUCGAAGGUACCAAACCCUCUCCCUCAUCUCGGCCCUCCGCUUCUGAGCAAUCUUCUACCUUCAAGAUUCCCGUCCCUUCGAAGUUUACCGCAGACUCUAAGAGGACCCUUAACCAAAGCGGCCUUAAUGGCUUCUUCUCAGUCAUCAGGCACACAUGCAGGGGCUGAAGAACCAACCAAGCCAUUUUCAGUUCUCUUCGUCUGCCUUGGGAACAUCUGCAGAAGCCCAGCUGCCGAGGCUGUGUUCAGGGAUUUGGUGAAGAAAAGAAGCCUUGAAUCUAGGUUCUACAUUGAUUCUGCUGGAACUAUCAAUUACCACGAGGGUUCACAAGCAGAUUCAAGAAUGAGGGCUGCAGCUAAAAGGCGUGGAAUUGAAAUAACUUCUAUCUCCAGGCCGAUUAGACCCUCUGAUUUCAAGGAUUUCAAUCUAAUCAUUGCCAUGGAUGAAAGUAAUAAGAGCGAUAUACUUGAGCAAAUUACGAGGUGGAGCAAAAGAGAGGGGUUAUCUGUAGACGUACAUGAGAAGGUUCAAUUAAUGUGUUCCUACUGUGAAAAGCAUGAUGAGACUGAGGUUCCUGACCCGUACUAUGGUGGACCUCAAGGCUUUGAGAAGGUCAAACCGGGAACAUUCCAACGGGACGGAGGGAGUAUGAUUUAUGUGCUAAUGUGCCCCCAAGUCAUGCGUGUUGGUUCCACUAUUGGUCGCUUAUGUCAUCUAUUUAAGUGUUUAGUACACAAGGCUUUCACUUGGGCUGCCCCGAUUUGGGUAGAUGGGCCAAGACGGCCUAGGGGCACAUCCGCAGGGAGUUGGGAGUAAGGGCUGUUGGGUGGGCUUAUGACUGGGAUGGGCUGCAGGGGCUCAAGUUUUUCACACACACGCACAUAACUGCAAGGGCACGGACCUACGGCCCUAGGGUAAUGGUUCAUGUGAUGAACCAUUACCCGCAUUUUCAGAUUUUGUGUCUACAUCAGAUCUUGACCUCCCGAUAGCACUACGUAAAGGUACGUGGUAUUGUACUCAUCCUAUUUCUUCUUUCUUGUCAAAUAGUUAGUUAUCAUUUGUCUCAUGUUCUUUUAUUGCUUCCAUUGAUUUUAUUUAUGUUACCAAAUCUGUUAAAGAAGUUUUGUCUCAUCUUGAAUGAUGCCAUGGUAGAGGAAGUGAUUGCUUUGGAUAUUAAUGGUACUUGAGAUUUGGUAAAUUGCCUACAAGGAAUAAGUUUAUUGAAUGUAAGUGGUCUUUACUGUAAAGGUUAUUCCAGACGGGUAUAUUGCUUGGUUGAAAUCCCAAUUAGUUGUGAAGGGUUUUGCUUAAACUUAUGGUGUUGAUUAUUCUCACACUUUCUCUUGUUGCUAAAUUAACAUCUAUCAGGUUACUUAUUUCACUCGUUGCAACUCAUGGUUGACACUUACAUUAGCUGGACAUUUAAAAUGCAUUUCUGCAUGGUGACCUUCUUGAUAUUCAUAUCGAGCAACUUCCAGGUUUUGUUUCUUAGGGGGGUAUGGGAAAAUGUGUCGACAUUGCAAGUUUCGUUAUGGUCUGAAAUAAAGGCCGCGUGCAUGUUUAGAAAAUUCAAUCAAUCAAUUGAACGAUUUGGAAUGAUAAAAGGUCAAUUAGAUCACUCUGUCUUUUACGGACGAACGAAAGCAGGUAUCACAUUGCUUGUGGUGCUUGUCGAUGAUAUUGUGGUUACAGGGAGUGAUAGUGCAUGUAUUUUGGCCCUUAAGAUUUUUCUUCGUAGUCAAUUCAAGACGAAAGAUCUAGUCUUAUUGAAAUACUUCUUGAGUAUUGAGGUAACACGGAGUAAGAAAGACAUGUCUAUCUCCACGAAAAUAUGUACUUGAUUUGCUAGUUGAAACGGGAAAAAUUGGGAUAAAAGCCAAGCAAUACACUCACGGUUCCCAAUGGGCAACUCACUCAAGACGACAUGCCGUUCAAAGACCCAUAAAGAUAUAGAAGAGGGUUGAAAAUCUUAAUUAUCUCGCAAUCACUCAUUCGGCUAUUACAAAUUGGACAUGAUAAAUAUAUCUAUGCUCCAAGUUGAGGGGGUAUGAAAUAUAUUAAAAUAAAUGUAGGAACAUGUUUUGGAAUAUUUUACUUUAGGAUGCUAUUGUUAUGAUAUAUACUCUUAUAGUCUUAUAGGAAUAUUCCAUCUUUGUAAUGUAUAUUUAUGUGAACUUGAAUCCUUCAGACAGAGAAAUUUCAUUUCUUCCUCUCCAAUAUUAUUUUGAGUUUAUAAAGUAAGUGGGAAGAAUUUUAUGAGACAAAUGGAGUACCAUUUAUGAAUGAUAUAUAGGGAGAGUAAGAACAUCUCCAAUUAUUCAUUUUGAGGACUUGCUUGUAAUUUUAUAGCUAAUAGCUUACCAUUGGAGCAUUGUUUUUACUUUUGCUUGAGAAAGCUAAUUAGUCAAAAUGAGAUACAAGUUGAACAAGGAGAAUUAUUAAAUAUAACAUUAUGAAAAUUAAAUGAAGGUAGAAGUUAUAGCCAACCAUUGAACUGCAUUUUAAUUUUGGCGCAAAUGCUUAUGUGUCAAGUCAAGUCAUCAGUGCAAUUAACUAAUCACUAGAGAUGCUAUAAUACAAAUGACUUAUGUUCGAAAAUUAUUAUUAUUAUUAUUACUAUUUUCAUUUUGUCGGGUUGGAUCUUAUAUUAAGGGACCUCAUAAUAAGAUAUAUUGAAUGCUGAAGCUCGGGUGCAAUGUGGGGCAAAAAAAAGGAUAGAAUACUCUACUUCAGCCAAAAUAUUUUGUUCCCUUCCCUUUUCUAGCAUUGGUGAAGGCAUGAUCCUUAUGUCGUGCUAUUACAUUCUGCUUACUACUUUUGCUUGCAGGUACUAGAUAUACUUGAAGAUGCUUGUAGCUCUCUUUUGGAGAAUAUCUUGGCUGGGAAGUCUCAAAAAGGAGAUCAUUAAUUCUUCAUGUCAGCAUUAUAAAUAAAUUCUUCAGAGGACCAUACUUGUUUAAAGAACUCAAGAAUGGUCCUCCGUUUUGAGAUUUAUGAGUGCGGGGUCUACCCUGAAUUUGGAAACAAUAGAUACAUUCUGAUUUUGCUGAACCUGUGAAUAAACUGGUGUCUACGAGUUGCUCCAAAAUCGUGUUUACGAAGUCUACUUUGUUAGCACUUGUUAUGUCUCCAAAAGAAUCCAAUCCCUUCCUCUACCUAGAAAUUCUUCAAAAGAAAAGUUCAGAAUGGAGAUUCUUGGUCAUUCAUGGCAAUCUGUCAACCAAAUUAUGGAGUUUGAGAUGUGAUUUUGGAGUCUCUUGAACUGUCAAACACUAGUUUUUCGUGGGAAGCUUAGUUAAUCAAACCAGAAAUGGCACCCCAUUUAGAGGUUUAGGAAAGGUUGAUAAGAAUGACAUGUGCUCAUAGAGCUAUAUUUGAAUUUGCAUCACAAUUUGUUCAAACAAGGAUGAAAAUAAUGAAAAGUGUUUCCUGCUCA